GAGGAGUGGGGGAGGGUGCGUGCCUGGAGGGGUGGACAGGGCGUGUGCCUAGGGGGUGUGGGCAAGGUGCCUACCUAGAGAAAAAUGGGGCGAAGGGUGCCUACCUUGGGGAGGAAGAGGGGCAGGGUAGGUGCCUAGAGGAAGAAAGGGGCAGGUUGCGUACCUUGGUGUGGCGGGGGGAUGCAGGGUGCACACGUGGAGGUUGGUCAGAGUGCGCGCACCACCUCAUGGUCGUCAUCUCCUUUGACGGAUCUUUCCUCCCCCAUCCUUACCCCUUACUCAGCGAAUACUGGGUAACUGACUGCACACCUAGUUCAUAUAACAUACCCAACUCUCUAAAGAACCUCUAUAGGGAAAAGCCUUGUUGCUGUUCUGUUUCAGCGAAAUCACGCCAUGACUGUUUUGAGUUGUUGUAGCCUACCGAAUGGUCCUCAACAGACACCGUUUACCGACGCCUCAGAGAAUCCUAUCAGUGUGUAUUGCUACACCUCUCUUCCUGAUUGUGGCCCCGGACCUUGGGCGCUGGUCAUGAAGAGUAUUUAUGGAAGUAAAGAAUUGAUCUAUUAUAGCCCCUUCUGGACCAACAAGGAAUCGCUCAACCCGCAAGCUGCUAAUGAUCCUUAUACCCAUGUCAACAUAAAGCUCCCAACAUACUGGGCGUCGCCCAUAACACAAGGAGUAUGCUUAUGGUUCCCAAGCUCUAUUAUGGCUUAUCUUCAAGUACCCCUCACGGCCAGUUCACUGUAUGACGUCAUAUCCGGUGGCUCCCACAUGGCAACGAAUUUAGAUUGCGAUACAGGAUGGAAGGCGUCGCUUGUUUCUCCACCCCUCUCUGACUGCGGUACUCAAGGGUUCAACGCUCAGCACUUAUCAGGUACGAAGGCGCGAAUCGGUGCGGUAGCGGGCGAUGGCAAUUCCAACCUCGGAUUAUGUCUGGCAGGAGGGUGGACUGGGGCCGACUCUGACGUACAGGCCGGCGGUAGCUUUACAACGGACCCUGAUUUAAAUAGUUUGGCUAAUGCGUAUCUAGUCUUUGUGAAAGGAAGUCGCUUAAAAGACAAAAAUCCCCAAAUGACAAAAAGAAUAAUUGUAAUCCUCACAAAUUUGAGCAUGGUGAUUAUUUCUGGAGGUCUCAUGUGAAGAAGUUCUUACUGUUUAAUAUUAUGGUGCAAUAUACUCUUUUUUAUAAAAACGUCUAAUUUUCGGUUGAGGC